AUGGCAGACGACAACAGCUCAAUCCAUGGGAACAAUGAAAAUGGGGAUGGAAAUGCCAUGAUCCCAGUAAUUGAAGAGUUGCCCGUAAUGGAGUAUGCAAUUCCAUCUCUCGAUGGGGUGAUCCCAGGCAUAGUUCAACCAGAAUUAGAAGCAAAUUUCGAUUUGAAGCCAGGGAUGGUGCAGCUCCUUCAAUCGAUUACCCAAUAUCAUGGAAUGCCUCAUGAAGAUCCACAUAGGCACAUCACAAAGUUCAUGAAGAUUUCAGACACCUUCUCUGUUCCUGGUGUUUCUAAUGAGGCCAUGAGAAUGAAACUCUUCCCUUACUCUUUGGGAGGAGCAGCAGAGGAUUGGAUAGAGAAACUGCCAUCUAAUUCCAUAACUACGUGGAAAGAGUUGGGAGAGUCUUUUCUUAUGAAGUUCUUCCCUCCCACGAUGGUUUGUGAUUUACGUGACAACAUCACUGGCUUCAGGCAGUGUGCUGAAGAGUCUCUCCAUGAAGCCUGGACUAGAUACAAAAGGAUGUUGAGGAAGUGUCCAACCCAUGGACUGCCAAACUGGGCAAUUAUUCAAAUUUUCUACAGAGGUUUGAGUUUGCAAGGGAGAUCCAAUUUAGAUUCCACUGCUGGAGGUGCUUUUCUGCUCAAGAAGUACACUGAUGCUUACAACAUUCUUGAGGUAAUCAGUGUAAACAGUUGUCAAUGGCCGCUUGAUAGAGUUGACCAACCAAAAAAGGCUGCUGGCCUUCAUGAAGUGACAGCAACCACCUCCAUGGCAGCUGAACUUGCUGCCUUAAACAACACAGUGAAGAAUCUUACCAAGGUGGUUGUAGACUCUAAGCAGCCAGCACCUGUUCAAGUAGCUGCUACAACAGCUAUCUGCUCCCUAUGCUAUGGGCCACAUGCAUUUGAGGAAUGCCCCAACAACCCCACAUCAGUUUUUUAUGUGGGAGAGUUCAAUCGUGGCUACAACAACCGCAACCAAUACAACCAGCCCAGAUGGCAGAAUCAAGGUGGUCAAUAUGGCCAGAAUCAAGGCCAUGGGUACAAUUACAAUGCUGGAAAUAAAGCACCUAAUCAAAGCUUCCAAGGAGGACAACAACAAUUUCAGCAACCAAAGAUGCCAUUCCCUCCUGGAUUCAGCCAAUCUUUUCCUGCAGACCAGAAUAAACAAGGGAAUGCAGAAGCUCACCCACCUCUUGAGCAGUGGAUGAAGGACUAUGCUGCAAAGAAUGAUCAUGCUGUGCAAAAUUAG